GAGUAUUCAUCUUUGAAAAACAAUUUUUACUUCACCCAUCACCAUCAAUCAGUUCAUUAUUCAUAAGAAUUAUGUCUAAAAAUGUUUCAAUAAAAUUUCCUCUGUUUAAAAAGAAAAUUUGCUCAAUAAAGUUAGAAUACAAAAAACGUAUAAGAUGAGUGAAAUAGCCGAAAUUCGAUGUUAAACAAAUCUCAUUGGAAUUUUCGUUCAACUUUGACAGCAGCAAGGUUAUAUGAGUGUGGUGAAUUUGGAUUUGACGUUUUUGAACGUGCAUGAAAUAAAUUGAACGAAACAAAAAGCACAAUAACAACAAGAAAAGAAAGAAAGCAUAAUAGAUUGCAUAUAUAAAUGCGUACAUUUUUAUAUGUGUAUAUUUAUAUCUAAUGACUUCUGUCAAAAGAAUUAUUGAGAAAUUUUGAAUUUUGAUUGAACGUAAUAUUAUUUUUUUCGCUGUGCUGCUAAAAGUUUUAAAAUUAAGGAAGUUCUGGUGGAGCAUCUGAUUUGGCUGCAAAAUUUACCAUUUUGCGCGACAAAUCAUCUGCUAGUUUUGGUGGGAUUCAUUUUGACUGUAGUGGAUUUAAUAAAUUUUUCAUCUUCUUCUUUUGUUUUCGAUUUUUUUCUGGCAUUGAAUCGAAUGUUGUGCAAAAAAACAUUUCUACUGUGAAUCGUGUGUGAUCACAGAACUGAAAAGAAAUAUCUUGUGAAUUCAGUGCAUACAAUAUGUAACAUUUAUGAGACAAUUUAAUGAGAACUUUGAUUUUGCUAUGUGGAGUGGCGAAUGAUCCGAAGAAUUUGAUAUUGUAGCAGCAGCACAUGAAUGUUUCUUAUUUCGAACAGUGAAUCUUGUUGUGAAUCUAAAACAUCCAAAAGUGUUUGUUCGAUCGUUUAUAUCAACUUCGGUGUAUUUUGUUUUUUAAAUUUUGAUUAUUCUGCGUGGUGAUUGUUACAAAAGUGUUUUGGAUCGCCAAAAUGGAACAAAAAGUCCCCAAAGUCUAGAAGAAAAAGCAAAAAAAAAAAAUACACACACACAAUUCGUGCAACAUGAUAAAUAUUCGGAACGAGCAGCUGAGUGGUAGAUAAACAGUGCAUGCAAAGAAAAGAAGGGCGAGAAUCGUGAUAGUUUUUUUUUAAAUACAAAGAAGCAACAGCAAAAUCUAGCAAAACAUUGGAAAACAAUGAGUGGCCAAGUUAGUCUUAAAGAAAACGGAAUUCUUGACGAAUCAUUGCCCACAUUGCUGGAAAAUGUUUUUAAAUGUUUGUCGAAAAACUUAUAUUUGCUCUAUACGGAGAAUGAGUUUAGCAGUGAAAUCAAACUUAGAGAUGACAUCGUGAUCCCAAACGAAAUUUGUGAUAGAUUUUUUAAAUAUCGCCAAGACUGCAGUGAAGAUAUAAAUGACGUAUUUGUAAACAUUUUCCGUGAUAAGCAUAAGACACCGUUAAAACAUGUUGCUCUUCGAAACUGUUCAAUUACUGAUGAUGGAAUGUCGAUACUUCUGAAUCAUGAUCUGGUUUCGUUGUCAUUGUGGUACUGUGACAUGGUGACACUAAAAUCAUGGCAAACGCUGAUCGAACAUGGCCAAAAUUUGGAAUACUUGGAAUUGGGUCGUUAUGUUGACAUGUUGAAGUAUAGCGAGCCAAAUGAAAAGACACCGAUUGACUUUACUUUGGAUUUGCCGCACAUACGAAAGCUCAUAUUGACUGGUGUCGUGCUGCAGCCAACUGUAAAUUUCGGCUAUCUAAAUCAGCUCAGCUACUUGGACUUGACACAGUGCACUUUUCAUAACGACUUCACAUUGGAAGCGGUUGUCAAUCUUCCAAACCUAACAACACUUAUCCUAUUCAAUGUGUGGCCAUUAGAAUCUGAAUUACCAACGAUAUGUCGAAUGAAAUCAUUGCGAAAACUGGACAUUUCAACGGGAUAUUUCAAUACGAACAACUACGGAACAUUCAAGAACCCCAACGAGACGUUAGCGGAAAUAGUUGAAAGUUUGCCAGAGCUAACCCAUCUUGAUAUCUCCGGAACGAAUUUGGCUGGCAACGGUGUGGCUCAAUUUGAGGCGAAAGAACAAGUGCGCUCCGAUAUUCCUGGACUAGUUAGUCGAGCCAAUAGGCCAUUGGAGUUUUUGGGUCUUUACAAUACCGCUCAUUCGGCGUGCCGUCGUCAUGAUAUUCCAGCUCGUCAUAUCUCUGGCGAUGCGAAUGAAGAACAAAUCCUAACGUCCGCUUCUGUUUACAGAGAUCGACCAAUUAUGUUAACAAAGGUUUUAAAUGAUUUGUAUCAUUUGUUGCGUUUUGAAACUUGUAAAUCAAUUCAUAGAGCUUUUGAAGUUGUGUUAUCAGCAAUGGAUAGGCAUUUGCGCGUUAAACAUAUGCAAAUUUCUGGCAGUGCGACACUUUAUUAUAUAAUCAAAGGAAGAGAUAAACAUAAAUAUGGUACUCCGUUUAAAAAUCACAUUAUACGUACCUUGUUAAAUGGAAUGUCAACUCAUAUAACUGACGAGACGAUGAUGCGAAAUGGUUGCCUUACUCUUUGCCAAUUUUCAAUUCCGAAUGACGUCUUAUUCGAGUAUGAACGUUUGGUGAAAAUACUGCUACAUGCCGUUUCGGAUACAGAACAAGAAGGAUUCGUUCAACGGAUAGCCAUUUACUUACUUAAUUCAUUAGCUUGUUUGGUUGACGGAAAGCAAAAACUAUUUCUAGGUGAUCUCGGAGCGAUUGGCACCAUGCUAACCUUAAUAUACGAUCGAUUAACCCGUCAAGUGUUUGACGAUGUCAUGGAAGUGGCUUGGUCAACUAUGUGGAAUGUGACCGAUGAAACGGCAAUUAAUUGCGAACGUUUCCUCGAUGGGCGAGGAAUGGAAUACUUUUUGGAAUGUCUGCAAUGUUUCAACGAUAAAGAAGAACUGCUGCGAAAUAUGAUGGGUCUAGUUGGAAAUGUUGCUGAAGUGAAGCAUUUGCGGAACCGUUUAAUGAAAUCAGAAUUCAUAACUGUUUUCUCUAAUCUGCUUGACUCAGAUAGUGAUGGAAUCGAGGUUAGCUAUAAUGCAGCAGGCGUAUUGGCACAUAUUGCAUCAGAUGGUUCAUCGGACUGGACAAUCGAUACGCCAAGCCGGGAUGAGGUUCUAAGUCGAAUGUCUAGAGCAAUCGAACGAUGGAAUUUGAAUACUGAACGCAACAUAAAUUAUAGAAGUUUUGAGCCAAUAUUAGGUUUAGUCCGUUGUUAUGAUACGCCAGAAUGUCAACAUUGGGCCGUGUGGGCUUUAGCAAACCUCACAAAAGUUUACCCAUCAAAGUAUUGCAGGUUGGUGGAAGAGGAGCACGGAUUAGAAUUGCUGAGAGAACUAAUGAAACACGAACGACCAAAUGAAAAGAUCAAGGCAUUGGCGGAAAUGGUCAUCAAAAAUUGCGAACAGAAUAAAAAUAAUACCGAAUCCAUGCAGCUGGAUGGGUGAUACUGUGAAAAUGGUUGAGACAAGACAUACAACAGAAUAAGACACACAACAAAAACUUUAUACUUUUUACUGGAGAUUAUGAAGGUUUUUCAUAGCCUAAAUAUUAAGAGAUACAUUUGUAGGUUUACUUUCAAUUUAAAUAGAAUGUACGUAUGUAUGCAGAGAAAUCGUAUAUUUCCGUAGAUCUAGGCCAAAAAAGGGGGACAGUAGAAAAAGAAGAAUCGUAAACUAAUCACACCAAUUUAGCGCAUACAAAAAAGAAACAACUAAACCCAUUUUUCUCGCGUGGCAUGAGAAUUGAUGCACAUACAACAGUACAGCUUAACAAUAUAGCAUCAACGAAAAUGUAUUUCAACGCUAGACAAAAUGUGUAAUAGCUUGCAGCAGCCGUUUCUUUGGUGUUGAAACCCCGCACAUAGCCCAUGUUUUGCCUCUUCUCAUAAUAAUGUGCAUCGAAAUAAUUGUAACCAAUACAAACAAAUAUUUGUUUUUUUUUCGGUGAGAUUUUAACUCAUUUUCAGAAAUUAACAAAUAAAAAAAAAAAUUUGUGUGUGAGUUUUAUUUCAUAAAA